AUGGUACCCUUUGCUGGGUACUCAAUGCCUCUAUCGUACGGGGAUGUCGGACAAGUUUUCACCGAGCCGAACAACCACAGCUUCCGCGGAACAAGUGUAACCCAGUUUUUGGAAUGGCUCACGCCCUCGUCUCUUGCUCAACUGAAACCAUAUUCAUCUACUUUGUCCGUACUUUUGAACCCUCAAGGUGGAAUCAUCGACGAUACCAUUGUUACCAAGCAUUCGGAGAAAGCUUUCUACGUUGUGACCAAUGCAGGUCGCCGAAAAGAGGAUCUGGCCUGGUUUGCCCAGAAGCUGGAAGAAUGGAACGCAGGAAAGUCUGCUGAGGAAGCUGUAGAGCACGAAGUACUUGAGAAUUGGGGUCUGCUUGCCCUUCAAGGUCCCGAAGCGGCAUCAUAUCUACAAAGCUUGACACCAUUCGACCUCAAGCAACUAACCUUCGGGACCUCCGCUUUUGUUCCCAUAGAAGGCUUCAAUCUUCACGUUGCUCGGGGAGGAUAUACCGGUGAAGAUGGCUUUGAGAUCUCUAUACCGCCAUCCCAGACCGUAGAAGUUGCCACAAUGCUUUUAAAACCACCAGUUCAGCUGAUUGGUCUUGGGGCACGAGAUUCUCUGCGACUGGAGGCGGGCAUGUGUCUUUACGGCAAUGAUCUAGACGAAACCACGACCCCAGUUGAAGCAGGGCUGUCUUGGGUGAUUGGGAAAGACCGCAAGGUUGACGGUGGCUUUAUCGGAGCGGAUAUUAUCCAGAAGCAACUGAAAGAAGGGCCCACGAGGCGACGAGUAGGACUGGUCGUUGAAGGUGCCCCGGCGCGUCGAGUCGUAACUUCGGGAAUCCCCUCUCCCACUCUCGGCAAAAACAUAGCCAUGGGAUAUAUCCAGUCUGGAUGGCACAAGAAGGGCACAGAAGUCGAAGUUGAGGUUCGCAAGCAGCGGCGCAAGGCUAUAUUGACUCCAAUGCCGUUCGUCAAGCCUAAUUAUUGGCGGGGAUGA